UUCUUUUCCCGCCUGGGGCGUGGCUUAGCGCAGUAUUUCCUCAAGGGCGGGGCCUGGGAAGGUUCUAGAAGGGUCCCAGACCAGUUCAGGGCGGGAUUCGUGGGCGCCUAGCCUAGGCAAACGUAUAUUUCUUAGGGGGAGCCCACCUCACCUCAUGGCAGUGCCCCUUUCCCCGCCACCCCCCUAGCAGGAUAUUGUGGUGCUGCUUGGGUCAUGAGGCAGGGCGGCCAGGCCGAACCCCGGCAGCAUGGGGAUCUGCACUGGACAGUGAGGCUUGGAGCAGGGAGCCAGGCCCAGGCCUGCGGGACAGGCCCUCGCUGCGGGGCAAAUGUGGGGGGCAAGAGCUGUCCAGCCCCCUGGCUCCCCAGGGCUUCCCUGUCAGGCGGGAGCAGGGCAGAGAGUGUGAAUGUGUAAUGGUGGGGUGUAAAACAAGGUACAGUGCAGCUGGUGGGUUGCCUUAGUAAAAGAUGGGGGAACCACUGACUUGGUGGCUUGCUCUAUUCAGCUUUGGGAAAGGGAUCCUUGUACCUGCUCAGGGCAGACAAGCCCUUCCUCUCAUGCCAGAGGCCCCUCGCCACAGUCUGUCCUGGUCCUCUUUGUUCUGCGUGGGGUCUACUCACUAGAGUCUGCCCUGCCACAGGGCCCUUCAGCACAGGCCAUCUCCUUUGCCACUCUCGGCCCCCAUUGCUGCAGUUUAUGUCCUAAUCCCUUUUGGGCCGUCAUUUUAGCCUGGCUGUGCUGUCACAUAUGUCCCCCUCAGGCAUGCCCAGUCGUGAUAUCUUGGGGUUCUUGAGAUGCCAUCAUGCUGCUGCCAUUGCUCUUGUGCUAUGAUGCUAACUGUUUAUCUUGUCCACUGUGCACUUUGGCAGCAUGACUUGCAAAGUUUUUCUGAAUAAUAGCAGCAGAACACUGCCGUGUUAAUGAUUCCUCCACUGGAAUCUCUCCAGUCAUGCAAUAGAAGCAUAUGCUGAUGGGCAAUAGACUUGUGCAGCUGGUUUAGCUCAAAGGAUGACCGAUAAUCCCAUCAAAAUCAAGACUGGCCUUCACAUGUCUCUCAUUCACACCUUCCUAAUGUUCAUUUCAAAGGGUAGUGGAGGCCAUCUCAAUGCUCACUAAGUAUGACUUCCAGCAAAAUACAAUUUGCUCUCUAAAAGCUAAUCUGGAACUAAGAGGUCUCCCACAAGUCCAGUGAUGACUUGGUGUAGUGCCAUCAGUGUCUUCUGGAGCUGAUUCAUGGAGUACUUACCAGCAACACUCCAAAAUGGUUGCUGCAGCCCAAGCAAUAGCAGAAGAACGAAGAAACCAAAGUGGUAUUAGCCCUGUUCCAGUCCAAACUGCGAUAAACAUAAAGACAGCCACUAAACCAGUGAUAGAUGGCUCCAUUCUGAGAACAGAAGAAAGACAAAGACUAGCCCGGGAGCGAAGAGAAGAGCGGGAAAAGCAAAAUGCUGCCAAAGAAACACAAAUAUUUGAAAAGGAAAAAAAAGCAAAACUCCAGUAUGAAAAACAGAUGGAAGAAAAGCAGAGAAAAUUGAAAGAACAGAAACAGAAAGAAGAACAAAGAAGAGCUGCAGUAGAAGAAAAAAGAAAGCAAAAAAUAGAGGCGGAAAAGGAGCGAUAUGAAGCAGUUGUGCAUCGUACCUUGGAGCGGAGCCAACGUCUGGAAACACGACAGAAAAGGUGGUCAUGGGGAGGGUCUGUAACUUCAAAUUCAGACAGCAAGACUGAGCCACAGACUGCAGAUGAAGGUGGAGCUGCCAACAAACGUUCCACAUCAACAGCAAACCUCAAACAAACAGAAGCUGUCAUCAACAAACGUUUGUCAUCUUCUGCAGCGCUUCUAAACUCUCCUGAUCGGAGUACCACAAAGAGAAGUGCUUCAUUAAACAGACUGAGUAACAAAGUUUCUCUGCAGUCUGAGCAGCCACCACCAAAAGGUUCACAGGUGGAACAGAAAGGAGGAACAGAAAAGAAGAGGAGCACGUCUUUGAAUAGAAUAAGUAGUAAACCUCAUUCUUCUCCUGAACUGGAGAAAGUGAAAAAGGAAGAAAGACCAGCUCGUCGCGCGCAAAUCAGUCCCUUGGAGAGUAAUGUAAUCAGUCGCCUCCUCACCCCCACACAGGCCUCCUUAGCUAGAAGUAAAAGUGCUGCUACAUUAUCAGCUGAUGGACCAGAUCCCUCAGAAUCUCACCUCUGUCCUCGUUCAGCUUCAGCCAGUUCCAUCAGUUCUCCAAUCCAAACUCCUAAAGUGCCUGUGCGCAGCCGUAGCAUUGACAGAUUGAAGACCACUGUAUCUUCAUCUGACACCAGCUCUCCAGAAUCCGCACAGAAAUCAGAGACAGAAAAGCAGUCCCCGAGUCCUACUGGGAGGCGCCCUCCAUCGCCAUCUGUAUCAGCUCGUAGAAGAUCUCCAUCCCCUGCUAAUUUGGCAAAACGUCCGUCAUCUCCCUCUACAGCUAGACAAAAUCAAAAGGCCCGUCCACCUUCACCUAGUGUAUUGAAACAAAGGCCAUCAUCCCCCACUACAGUCUCCAAACCAGCACCUAUUCAACGCCUGCCUCUCACACCAAGUGUUAUGAAUAUUACCAAAAAGAAACCUGAAAUGGAGUGCAAACCAAAGGACAAGUGUGAAGAAGGAGCAGGACAAGAGCAUGGCAUUUCUCCAAUCUCUGAGAGGGAAACUGUCGCAAUUGCUGCAAAGACCAAAGAAGAAUCUAGUAGCAAAACUAUUCCAGGAACCACAACAGCCGAAGAAGCCGCUAAAAUCUUAGCAGAGAAACGACGUCUUGCCCGGGAGCAAAGAGAGCGUGAAGACCAGGAAAGAAUUCAGAGAGAAGAGGAGGAAAGGAGCAGAGAAGAAGAAAUGGUAAAGAAAAUGAUGGAAGAUAAAGUACAAAGAGAGGAGGCGCUCCAGAGACUGGAGGAAGAAAAAAGACUUGAUGAUGAAGAACAGCAAAGACAAGCUGAAGAGAGAGUUCGCAAAGAACAGGAGGAGCAGGAAAAACUAAGAGAGGAAGCUGAAGCAAAAGCCCAAGAAGAAGCUGAAAGACAACGGCAGGAGCGAGAGAGAAUUAUGCAGCAAAAUAUGCAGGAGAGACUUGAAAGGAAAAAGAGAAUUGAAGAAAUAAUGAAAAGAACUCGGAAGUCAGAUCAGAAUGAAGCCAAGAAUGAAGAGAAGUCUGCUAAUGAGGGGGAAGAGGAAGAGGAUGCUGAAGAGGAGGGAGAGUUGGGCCUUGAAAAAACAUAUCAACCAGCUCUCUGUCUUUCAGAAAAGAUAAAUGAUGUUGAUCUGUCUCAAGAAAUCAAGAUGCAGACACAAUGUAGUUCUGAGUUUGCAUGUGGUUUGACUUCUACAGAAUCUUCAAUGCAAGAUAUGUCAAAAAUGGAGGCUGAUGAAGUACUUAUGAAUGGAGAUGAGCAAGACAUUUAUCAGAAGACGACUAAUGAGGGGUCUUUGCAUGUUAUGCAGCUAAAGGGUUACAGUCCUUCAGCAAAAGAAAUGGUUAUCCAGAAUUCAGAAAUAUUGCACGUUAAUGAAGCUGAUCAUACGAUUGGACUUGUACAAAAUCUCAAUGGAAAAUCUAAUGCAUGGACUUUUGAAGAAAUUAUUGAUCUUGGAGUACAUUCCAAGUCAACCAAACUGAGUUCAGACAGCAUCACUGCUGAUAACUGUAAUGAAAAUUUGAAUGAUGCUGCUAUAGUUCCCUCUAGUCCGAAAUUAGCAUUUGAGGAUGAUGGCAUGGUGAAUUCCUUGACCAAACCUAUAGAGACUGCAUCAGAACUGUGAACACUAGAGUCCUGGAAAUAACCUGAUUGCACUUCAGUAAUCCAGUGUUUUAUCAAGUACCGAAGGCCUUGUUUUGAAAAGCUGCUUGUUAACCUUUACCUGUCUUCAAGCUUGCAAAAAAGACCAGCAGGGAAGGGAUAAUAAACUUCUAAAUUUGCACCUUGAAAACUUUCAGGGAGACUUCCUUGCUAUUGUUCCUUUUCCAUUUGUUUAGCGGACUGUUUGACAAGCUUUCCUUGUUAAAUAUCACUUGUUCUCCUUUUACAAAAUCUCCACUAACCUGUCUCCGGGUCCUUUUAUUUUCAUAUUAGUGAGAUGUACCAUCCCCUUGUGCCAUUGGAAAUUUACCAGCUGGCCACUGACAAAUAUUUUUGCAUGUUUCUGAAGUGGCAGUUUGCAAAUUUAAAAAAAAAUUAUGCAUUCUAUGCAUAUAAAAACCAAAUCCCAUUUGUUUUAUUUUCCUGUAACAUCUCUGUACAGUUGGUGAUAUUAAUAGGAUAUUUAAGAAAAGCUAAAUUGGUCAGUUAUCUCUUUGAUCCAACACUGGGUUAAGAAACUGUUUUGGAUUAUUUCUAAUAUGAAAAUAUUAGUAGCUUCAAAAUACAGAAUUGUACAAUCAUUAAUACAUUUUAAUGUUACUGGAACAUCCUAAAAUUUUUACAAUAUACACGAGUAUAUAUGCACUAAUAUACUGCGGAAAUGUUGAGUACCUAAACGUGUUUGUUAUAGUGCAGUUUAACAUUUGUCAUGCUUUUUAAAAUGUUUUCAUUUGAAUUACAUAUUUAAAUUUAUCUACACUCAUGUAAGUAUUAUUGUGUACAUAACAGUAUUAGGCCAUUCAAGUCCUGUUUUUGUUCAUGUUAAUUAUUCUACAUGUUCCUGUGCUAGCUUUAUAACAAUGACUGCAAAUAGCAUAUGUAUUCCCUUUCCUAAAGGCUGCAUUAUUUACUUGCUUUUUACAGCAUGAAGAGAUUAACUGAGUAUCUUUUGCAAAUGGCUGCUACAAAAAGUGUAAGUGCAGUCCUGUUCUUAUGCCUUUGUAAGAGAUACGGGAUAAUGAUUUCUUUAAAGAAUUGCUGUAUCAAACCCUGCUUAAAUCUUAGCUGACACUUCAGUACCAAUUAAUCAUCUGAAUGGCAGCUGCGUUUUCAGUGUUAAAAUGCAAAUGUUCUUGCUGGAACUAAAUGUGUUCCUAUCUCAACACCACAGUUAAAACAGGAAACCCUCAUCCUUCCUACUUUCUCAACCCGUUGCUAUUCCAAUUAUAGUUUUAGACUUAGAGCAGUGCCUUAGGUAAAAAGAAAAAAUGUAUUUUUGUAUAAUAGCUGUUUCUGGCAGAGACAAUCAUUCUAACAAACAAGAUGCUGAUAUUUUUUUCUGUGCAGAUGUUAUUUGUUGAAUGCUCUGUUACAGCUGUAUGUAAAUAUGUGUGCGCUGUUAAAUAAACUUUGCAGUUGAA